CAAACUUAAAGCGGCUGUUCAAGGAAAACACAACGGAGAAGAAACACACGGAGGGCGGGGGGAAAGGGACAGCCAAAGGGGUGUUUCCUCUCCGACAGAGGAAGGAUUGAAAUAAUGAAAAAAUAAUCCAUAAAACAGCGUGAAUUUCUGAAUGCAUUAAAGUUUAUGAUCGUGCCCGACGAGUCGCGAUGUCAACGUCGGUUUACCGGUAAAAGUAUCAUCUCUCUCCAACGGAUGGAGGAGGAUCCAGAUAGUAACAGACAGAAUGAGAGGACCACAAAUGACCCCUUACCCUGUGACCAGGAGACCAAACAGCACAGUGAGGAUGACCACGAGCUUCCCAUCAUGCAGUGGGAGGAUUUGAGUUUGCGGAUUGCAGAGCUAGAAAAGAGGGAAGAGGAGAGAAAGAAAAAAGCUGAAUGUCUGGGUUUAGCCGAGCGAGGCAGAAUACUUGGAUCCUGGACCGAAUCAAAGCACCAUUCACUGCACAGGGAGCCGUGGCCAUACGAGGAGGACUACACUCCCUGCCGCGUCCCUGUCAUAACGUCACGGUUUAAUAGUCCUAAAAAUCUACAGCUUUGCUUCAUCAAUAACAGUGAAAGCGAAGAAGAGGAUGAGGAAGGGGCAUCUAGCAAAGAGAGCUCAUGUGAGGCAGAUGUACGGAGGAGUUGCUCCCCAGGGCUUAAACAGGAAGUGAAAAUUGCGCUCAUGGCUCUCAGAGACAAACUAUGGGCUGAACAGAAAGACAAAGAGGAAGAAACCCACAAUAAAGUUAGCAUAAGAAGGAAAAUCCUUAGCCUUAGUGAUCUUCAGACAUGCUCAUCACUACAGCUAAAUGCACUCAGGACCUCUUUGAAUGAAGACAUUCAUGAUUUGAGCUCGGAAUUGGUGAAACAUCUCGUCGUAAGGGACCACCUUCGGACGAAGCAAGACGCUUUGCUUCUGGAUGUACAGGAUCUGACAUCUCUCUGAACGAUCCUUGUUUGCAACGCCGCAUCAAUCCUGGUUCAACGUUGGCACUUUCUGAAAGCAGUAAUUUACUGUUACUCAUCCUGUGGACUAACAAAGGCCAGAAUAUCCUGUUCAUUCUUGAAUACAUGUAGCACUCACACAAAAAAAUGUAUAAAGUGAGUCACAUGGUUUAGACUCACAAGUUUUAUUGUGAAAAGUCUGGCCGUAUUAACAAACCCUAACAACUCUGAUUCAUAUAUCGCAUCACUUUUUCCUGUACAUAGUGCGUAUAUUGAGCUUCUGUCAAAGCCAUAUGUGAUCAAUAACUGUGAUGUAUUAAUCAUCAGUUAUAUUAAGCAUUCCAGUGAAAUACAAUAUAUGUAUUAGACAGGAAUAUUAACAGCAUGAAUUAUGCUGUCUGUCAUGAAUGUGCCUUACAGACUCUUUGUAUUAAACUUAAAGGGACACUCCAUAUUUUUUGAAAAUAUGUUCAUUUUGCAGAUCCUCUAGAGUUAAACAUUUGAUUCUUACCGUUUUGUAAUCCAUUCAGCUAAUCUCGAGUCUGGCGCUAG